AUGAUUGCACGAAGACUUAUAAACCCACGCCUACUGCUGAGCCGGCAAGCUUAUGCCAUCGGCUUGACCGUGCAAGCACGCACGUUAAAAUCUAUGAAGAUCCGUCCGGAGAUUCCUAUGCGGCCAAAGCUUUCUCAUGAAGAGACCGAGAGACUAUCACAGGGAAACAUUUCGGACUUUGACAUUUUCCAGGACCUGCCUACCCCACUCAACACUAUCGAGGUGGUUCUCAGUAACGGGUUCCGUUUAAAGUCUGGGGCUCAUUUCCGAUGCACAGACCCAGUUAACCACCCAAAGGCUUUGGUAUUACUUUCCACAGAAACUUUUACGUUAGACCUUGGGAAGAGCGACAAGGGCUUAGCUGACCCAACGUCUGCAGAGAGUAAAAUCCCAACCGCGGAUGACCCGAUCAAGGGUUUAGAUACUGGAUUUGUGGAAAUCCAUCACUCUGCGCUAGAGUUUUUGGAAGUGGUACAUCCCAAGCCCGAAAUGUUGGUUGUAGGGCUUGGUAAACGGUCACGCAUGUUGCAUCCAAAUACCCGCAAGUAUCUGACAGGACUUGGGAUGCAAAUAGAGUUAUCAACUACGACAAUUGCAGCUAAUAACUUUGAUCUACUAACUACUGAACGGCCAGGCCAAGUUGGUGCCCUGUUACUGGCACCCAAUGUUUAG